AUGCCAUAUCAUGGGAAAACUAAUAUUAAAACUUCUUUUAAAUUAUUUAAAGAGGGAUAUUUUGAUAAAUGCAAUAAGCUUAUCCUGAGUACAAUUUUAUAGUUUAAAUAUGAAACAAGAAAGAAUGGAAUAUUAAUGAAUAAAAAAAUCAAACAUCUCAUCUAAAUAUAUCCUAUCAUGAGUUUUAAAGAAGUUAAUUGA